UGAAGGAAAAGAUCAUGUUUCCAAACAGUCAACCGCAUGUAAAAAACAAGGAGAAUGUGCCAGACAGUCUUAUGAUCAAGUAUUUAUAGUAAAGCUAUUUAUAAUAGUAACUGCAGAGGAGUGGAUCCUAAAUAUAAAUGAAAAUUCAGAGGCUUACAUGUGCUGAUCCUUGACAGUGAAAACUGCAGUGCUGUCCUACAGGAUAUACCAAAAGUAAACCUGUACCAGCUUGCAUGGAUAGCUACACCAGUGAUGAUAACACAGAUGAUGAUUUUGACACCCAGCUCAUCAUUCAACAGAGUUUACAGGACAUCUACAAGCUGAGAACACAUGUACCUGAGGAUAACAGCUUCCAUUCCUCUUUGAGUGCCGAAUAUAAGAAGAUAGUUGAAACAAUAGAGACAGGUGAGGAGGAUGCACUGUCACACUUAACCGAGUACCAUUCCGCUUUUGAUGAAGCAGACGAGAUAGGCUGGACUCCUCUGCAUAAGGCUGCGGUACAAUUAAAUAAGAACAUCUUAGAAAUAACCAUGAAAGCUUCAAAACCCAGUAUGUGGGAGCAAACUACCCACAAUGGUGAAACACCACUUUUUUUGGCUGUCAGCAGUUGCCUCUUAGAAAAUGUCAGUUUCCUUCUUCUCAAUGGCUGCAAUCCGAAUGCUAAGAAUUACGAAGGCAGUUCUCCUCUUCUCACAGCUGUGCUGCGUGACUCCUAUGACAUGGCCAGCUUGCUGAUCAGCCAUGGAGCCAACGUCAACCUGCGAUGUGCCAAUGAGAGGACAGCUCUCCAUGAAGCAGCGAAACUGGGCAGACAGGACAUGGUGAAGCUUCUGCUGGCUUCUGGGGCACACCCUGACCCUCGGAGCGCCUAUGGAUUCACUCCUCUUGCUCUUGCUGCCCAAUAUGGACACACCAGAAUCAUGGAACUAUUACUACAGAAAGGUGCUAACGCUCACAGUCAGGCCUCCGAUUCCUCGUCCAUCUUACUUGAAGCUGCUAGAGGAGGAAAUCCAGACUCUGUGACUCUCCUGCUUGAGUAUGGAGCUGACGCCAAUAUCCCUAAGAUUUCAGGCCACCUGCCCAUUCAUGUGGCAGCUGACAGAGGUCACCUAUUAGCUCUAAAGAUGUUAGUUCCAGUUACAGAUCACGCUGCCAUUAAGCGGAGUGGAAUCAGUCCAGUUCACUGUGCAGCAGCAGCAGCACACCCUCAGUGCCUGGAGCUUCUCAUCCAGGCUGGAUUUGAUGUGAACUUCAUGCUAGACCAGAGAAUUCGUAAACACUACGAUGACCAAAGGAAAUCAGCUUUGUAUUUUGCUGUAUCAAAUGGUGACCUCUCUUCAGUUAAACUGCUUCUGAACGCUGGAGCUCUACCUAACCAAGACCCUGUUAACUGCCUGCAGAUAGCUCUGAGGAUGGGCAAUUAUGAGCUGAUAAGUCUUCUGCUGAGGCACGGGGCCAACGUCAAUUACUUCUGCAGAGUAAACCCUUUGCAUUUCCCAUCAGCCCUGCAAUACACGUUGAAAGAUGAAGUCAUGCUCAGGAUGCUGCUGAAUUAUGGGUAUGACACAGAGCUAUGUUUUGAUUGUCCUCAUGGGGACAAAGUUCAACUUUCCUAUGCUUUUGAAGGCUGGACCUCUACAGUUAUUAAAGAUACUAUGUUCUGUGAAGUAAUAACUUUGUCAUGGCUGCAACAUCUCUCUGGAAAGGUUGUUCGCGUGAUGCUUGAUUACGUUGCUCAAGUUCGGAUCUGUUCAAAACUGAAAGCUGUGCUCCAAAAACAGGGGCUCUGGUCAGAAAUACAUUCUAUCUUGACAAACCCUCGCUCCCUAAAACAUCUGUGCCGCCUAAAGAUCCGCAAGUGUAUGGGGCGCUUACAUUUGCGCUGUCCUGUUUUCAUGUCAUUUCUCCCAUUGCCCAAUCGUCUUAAAGAAUACAUCCUUUACAAAGAAUAUGACCUUUAUGGGCAAGGAAUUUUUACAGGAACCUGGUGAUCUAACUAUUCCAGCUGAAAAGAUGCCCUACGAUCCUAAGGACAGAUGAAUAAAACUAAUGAAUUACACAUCAAAUAACUAAGUUUUUGACAUCUGUUAGUAUGACCUUUGUACCUUUAAAAUCUUUUUAAAAAUAUUUACAUGCAAGAAAGCACACCCAUAACUGCUACCCUAUAGUAGACACAUAUCCAGACUCUGAACGCGGUAUCAGCAGUGGCACCUGCUGUUAACCUUGUAAUCAUGUUAUUUACUUGUUAGUAUUUAAAAAGUCAUAUCACACUACCUGGAUUAAAGAUUGUUGGAAAAUUAA